AUGAAGAAUCUCGUUAAAAUCCUUUCACAAACACGAUGCAUUGAGGCUUGUUUCACGGGUGGCGACAUUGCGUGGAGUGCUGAUGGAAGACGUCUUUACACAACUUGUACAAGCUCGAUCAAAGAAAUCAACUUAUUUGAUAACUUGGCCACAAGAACUAUCGGGUCUGCGGAAGAAAAGGGGAGAAUAACGGCGUUAACACUUGACCAUUCGCGUGAACGUCUUCUCGUAGCUUAUAGCAGUGGAUUGAUUUGUGAGUAUUCGAUCAAAGAAAGCGAUUUUGGCACUUUACUCCGUUCAUGGAAGCCCAUGCAUUCAGCACCGAUCUUGAUUGUCAAGUUUAACUCUGAUGGUUCACUUUUUGCGACAGCCUCAAGUGAUCACAACAUAAAAGUUUGGGAUGUUCGUAAGCAGACUUGCUUGUAUCAUUUGGCCGGAGCUUCCGUUGUAACUACGCUCUGCUUUGUUCGUAAUGGACGUCUUCUUAGCGGGUAUAUGGAUGGAACGGUUACGAUGUACAGUUUGAAUCCAGGAGUAGUAAACAGAGCAAUGUAUCAAUGGAAGUGUCACCAAAGCCAAAUAUCGUCUAUAUGCGAAAUUGCGGACACACGAAAAGCAGUAUUGAUAUCGAGAGAUCAAACGUGUACCAUCAUUGAUAUGGAAACAACGAAAGUUUUGAAGUCAUUACCGCUAUUUGAGGCAAUCGAAUGCGGAAUUGUUAUCGGCGAAAAGAUGUUGACAGUUGGGGAAAAGGGUGAAAUUGUCGAAUGGAUCACUGAAACUGCUCAACGCAAACGGGGAAAAUUGCUAGCAGGUCAUUCUUUAAAAAGGAUCUUAUACAAUCCCACCGUUGACCAGCUACUCAUCAUAAGUGCUGAGGAAAUAAUUUAUCUUAUCUCUGCUUCAACAUUCAAUGUAGAAAAGCAAAUAGUUGGCUUUCAUGACGAGAUCUUCUCUACUGCCAUAGUUGGCAAGACAUCUGAAAUUCCCGGGCAUCUUGUUGUUGCUGCAAACUCGAAUUUGAUACGUCUUUACAAUCUGGCUACCUGGGAUUGCAGAUUAAUCGAUGGGCAUACUGAUUCGGUGUUAAGUGUGCGCUCUGCCUUAUGGAACCACUCUAUUGUUGCUUCAUGUUCUAAAGAUAACACAAUCAAAUUAUGGAAGUUAGACACCGAAAAAAAUACCCUCGAAGCGAUAGCAUUCGGUACUGGGCAUACGAAUACGGUAUCAGCUCUCGUGUUUUCUCAUCAUGGGAAAGAGUCCUUUGUUCUAUCGGCUGCUCAUGAUACAACCUUGAAACUUUGGGAUCUCCGCAAAUUGUUGAAUCCAUCAAAGAAGUGUGCCGGUCCAGCAGAAGAAAAAAAGUUGAUCUGUUCAUCAACAAUUGUUGCUCAUCAAAAAAACAUCACAUGUGUCGAGUGCUCACCAAAUGACGCGCUUUGUCUUACUGCAUCUAUGGACAAAACCAUAAAACUCUGGAAAAUUGACACGGGACGAAUGCAAUUGGGGAUCGCUGGAACUUUGACUGGACAUAAAAGAGGUGUAUGGGACGCUAAAUUUUCGCCAAAUGCCCAGAAAGUUGUUUCGUCUUCCGGUGAUCAAACGUUGAAGAUUUGGAGUGUGGGCGACUUUUCUUGCCUGCAAACGAUUAGUGGUCAUUCAUUCGCCGUUUUGAAGGGUGAUUGGAUAAACAACGGAUCGCAACUAAUAUCGGCAGAUAGUGGUGGAGUGAUCAAGAUUUGGAAGUUGGAAAACAACGGAGCUGAAGCAGAAGCAAGCAUUGAGGCACAUGAUGAUAAAAUUUGGUCUUUAUGUUUUACGGAGGAUGAAUCUCAAUAUAUUACUGCUGGAGGGGAUGGUCGAAUAAUUAUUUGGAAAGAUGUGAGCGACGAGAAACGACACGAAGAAGAUAAAAAAAGACGGGAGAAAAUCGAACAAGAGCAGACACUUUCGAAUCUAUUGGAGCAAAAUCGAUAUUUGGAAGCGUUGGAGUAUUCAUUAAAUUUGAAUCGACCAUUUGGUUCACUUAAGGUGGUAACCAAACUUUCUGAGAGAGAUUCACUAGAUGCGGCCUUUGCUCAAUUAGACACUAAUCAUUUGAGAGUUCUACUUGAUUUUGCUUCCCAGUGGAACACAAAUAGUCGAACGGCAACGAUGGGCCAGCAAGUUCUGCAGGCCGUACUGCUCGUGAUUCGACCCGAAGAUCUCUUGGAGCUGCCAAAUUUUACUCAAAUCGUCGAGGCUUUUCUUCCUUAUACUAAAAGACACGCUCAAAGAUUGGACAAAGCUCGACAAGAUGUUUCGUUGCUUGAAUAUACAGUCGCCCAAAUGCGUUUGACU